GGACUGAUAACCGGACGAGAGGCCGUGGUUCGCCAUAUGAUUAAGCCGUUUUAUCAGCUUUCCUAUCCCCCCCCGGAUAGAUAUGUGAAUGCUAUCCUAUAAUCUCCGAAUCUGAUCUGUUCUUAUUGCUGUAUCUGACAAUACUUAUAUUAUACAGUGAAUAUGCAUAAUCUAAAGAAAAUAUUACAUCCAGGUCCAGGGAAAUUUACUGUACGAUACCUUAGAGGUGGCCGAAUCACGAAGCAUGUCAAGGAAGACUUUAAUGAAAUUCAUAGAAAUGGGAACAAUACUGAAGCAAUAGCAAGUCGUAGCCCAUUACAUGUGUUAGAGGCGUCAUUUACAAAAUCAUCUGGUGAUGCUGUACCAUUCGAAGUGGUGGAACUUCAAAGUGAAGCUGUUAAACCGAAGGAAUCUGAGAAAAUCCUUGGGCGCCAUAUUGCUGAAGAUAUUCGAUCAAAGAAGAAUAAGGAAUCCAAUUUGCCUUCGAUAAACUCUUUAAAAUGUUCAAAUCUUUCAAGAAUGGGACAAGUAGAAUUUGCGAGAUUAUUGAGAAAACACGUUAUUUAUGGAGACGAAAAUUUGAUAGUUUUGAACAAGCCAUACGGAAUCGCUGUGCAUGAUGAAAGAGAAAUGACCACAAGUUUGAAAUCGUCUCUUCCAAUUUUGUCGAAGAUGAUAUAUGGUAUAAAUACAUCCAUUCCUCUAACUCUCUGUAACAGACUUGACAAAGGCACCACUGGAGUUACGGUUUGUGCCGCCAACAAAGACAUGGCACAGGAAAUUAUAAAACUUUUUCGUCAACAAAAAAUUAGGAAAAAAUUUUGGGCAGCUACUGUGGGAACACCAAGUCCAAGACACGGUAUGAUUGACAUUCCAUUGGCUUUACGGCAUAUAGAUGGAGGAAAAAUGUCCAAGUCACACAGCAAAAUGGGUCUUGCUCCAGAGCAAAAGAUUGAUUAUGAAUCUGGAGAUAUGAUUGGUGUAAGACGGAAGAAAUCAGAUAUUGCCAUCACUCAUUAUAACACUCUUGAUGAAAAUAAAGGACUUUCACUUAUUGAGUUCCAACCUCUCACAACGGUUAAACAUCAGCUUCGUGUUCAUGCUUCAGAAGCUCUGUCCUGUUGUAUACUUGGCGACCAUAAAUAUUCAUAUGCUGACAAUUUGCUUCCACAACGUUUACCUCGAAAUAUAUUAUCAAUGUUUAAUAUACCAACAACAAGGUCAAGAGAUAUGCCGAUGCAUUUACACUUGAGGGAAAUUGUAAUACCAGGGAUUUUAGAAUCUGCAAAUGAACCUAAUCUGUUAGUUUCUGCGAAACCAUCAGAACACAUGUAUCGGACUAUGAAAAUAUUCAGAUUAAAACCAGGUCCUGUAACUGAGUUUGUGUAUCCUUCACAUUUAUCAAGCAAACCAAAAAUCAAACACAACAACCCGCAUAUGGAAGAGUUAUAUGUCGAUCCUUUUCCUGAUAAUCAUGAUUUAAGUCUAUCAAAAGAAAUUCAGCGAGAAGACUGCUAUACUGUUUAUAAACCAAGAGUUAAAGUUAAAUUUCAAUAUAAUAAAUGAUAACGUGUGAAAAAUUGGGUUGUGAAGCUUGCUUCGUUGAUUGAUUGUUGUUGAAUGGAAUAUGGAGUUGCUCAAAAUAAAUUCUCCGUAA